GAGGGCUUUGAUGUGGAGACCGAGCUGCCCCCGCGCGAAGAGAGCUACAAUGACCUCCACGCCUAUGCCUUCAGCAACCUUUGCCGCAUCUGGUGGGCCAAGGCUUUGUCAAAGCGUGUGCCCUACCCAGUGGUGUGCUUGCACCCCGGAGUGGCUGCGGGCACGGCGAUGUUGCAACACAUGGGUUUUAUGGCCAUCCUUCGUCAAGUCUGGUUGGUGCUGCGUUGGGAGCGCUCGAGUUUCUUGGCGCUUCAAUCCAUUGAGCAGGCCGCAGCUCUACAAACCUGGGCUGCCUUAGCGCCUUGCCACCUGCUGGUCACUGGCGCCUACCUCAAUGGCAAUGCAGGGCGGGUGCUGGGUGACCCUGACACGCCCUCUGCGCUGGCGCAGAAGGAGGACUUGGCAGAGAGAGCCUUGAAGUUUGCUGAGGAGUUCUUUCGGAAAUGA